AAAACGUCAGAAUUUCAAUAGUACAUUGCAUACACCUAGAAAACGCGUAAUGUUUUACAGAAGAUUUCCAUCUUAGCCACCUCGAAGAUAUUUUAUGAUUCAUUAUAUUGGAAAUUGUGCAUAUACAUUUAGUAUAGAAAUAAGUAUAAAGGAAUUAUUAAUAAGAUUUAUUUCAUUAAUUUUACAUGUCGUUUAUUCAUUGUCUUAAUCAUCAUUUAAGUUGAAUAUUUUGUUUGCAACACAUCCGAGACGUAUUUUCUGAUAAGGUAUAAAAAUCUUAAAGAGCUCUCACAUUAAUUUCUUUGUUAAUAUUUUAAUAAAUUCGCAUGUUAGUCCUUGUCACAUUUUUUGAUGGGAAUACAAUGUCCUGGGAGGUACCAUGACCAAUGUUUUCUUUCUACUAAAAGUUUCACUAAUGCAUUUCACAAGUUAACUUGUUACAAGUUAAUACUUGUUACAUUGUAAGAAUGGAUAGCCUUUUUACGCAAAAUAUAUGCGAUGAUUUAGAAGAUAUACCCCAAAUAGAUCAACCUGUUUGGAUUCUUGGAAAGAAAUAUCAUGCUUUAACAGAAUUAGAAGCAAUACGUAAAGAUAUCUUAUCCAAGUUAUGGUUUAGUUACCGUAGAGGUUUCAUUCCCAUCGGUGGUUAUAAUUCUACAUUUACAACUGACAAAGGAUGGGGCUGUAUGUUAAGAUGCGGACAAAUGGUUCUUGGUCAAGCUUUAGUCUUUUUACAUUUAGGCAGAGAUUGGCGUUGGACACCAGAAACAAAAAAUAUGACGUACCUGGAAAUAUUGAAACGCUUUGAAGAUAAGAGAGCUGCUCCUUUCUCCAUUCAUCAAAUAGCGUUAAUGGGAGCGUCAGAAGGAAAAGAAGUCGGACAAUGGUUUGGUCCAAAUACCAUUGCACAAGUAUUAAAAAAAUUGGUUGUGUACGAUGAAUGGAGCUCUAUUACGAUACAUGUAGCUUUGGAUAAUGCUUUAAUAGUUAAUGAUAUCUUAAGACAAUGUAGAGUGGAAGGUGGUACAACAGUUGAAGUAGAUGGUAAAGAACCAUUAAAAGCACCGAGCCAAUGGAAGCCUUUAUUAUUAUUAAUACCACUUCGUCUUGGUUUGAAUGAAAUUAAUCCUGUUUACCUCAAUGGACUUAAAACUUCAUUCAAGAUACCACAAUCUCUAGGAGUAAUCGGUGGAAAACCAAAUCUUGCUUUGUAUUUUAUUGGCUGUGUUGGAGAUGAAGUGAUUUAUUUGGAUCCACAUACGACACAGCGUUCAGCUAAUAUUGACAAUGAGAGAGAAAUAGAUCUCACAUAUCACUGCAAGUCUGCUAGUCGUAUUUCUAUUACAGAAAUUGAUCCCUCCGUAGCGCUUUGCUUUUUCUGUGCUACAGAAAAGGAUUUUAAAUCUAUGUGUAAAACUAUGCAAGAUGAAUUAUUAGAGCCUGAGAAACAACCAUUAUUUGAAUUAUCUUCAGAGAGAUUAGUUAAUUGGUCACCGGCUGAAGAUGUCGUAUCUGAGGCAAUAGGAGCUACUAAUUUUUUAGAUUUUGAACAUAUAGAACGUCAAUAUGAUACAUCUGAUGAAGACUUUGAAUUACUUGGUUGACACUUAAUAUACGAAACAAGUAAUCGACUUAAAAGAUUUAAUUUUAUUUCUUAUAAAAAAAUUCAUAUAUUGUUUUUCGUGUGGAUUUCAACGUAACAAUUUACUAUUAUUUUACUACUAUAAUCUGAUUUAAAUGAUUUGAAACUAAAUAUGUCUUUCUAUAAUAUGUGAAGAUAUUUAUAAAAAAAAUUUAAUCUUUACAAAUUUAAUAAUAUUUCACAUAUAUAAAUAUGUCAUAUACACAUAAAAGAUAUAGAAGUGCAAGUUACACACAGAAUGGAAAUGGAGAUACUAUAACUAUUCAAUCAUUAUAUUUACAUAAAUCUCUUUAUAGUGCAAAGUUAAAAUGUUGAAUUAUAAUAUCUCUUACAAGAAAAUAAUAUAAAAUACAGAUUCUUUAGAAACAUUAACAGAACAUUUCUUAUCAGUUUUAUAUUU